GCGUCACUUUGGAAACUCGGGAACUCACGGAUUCUCGUGCUAAACCGGCGAGCUCCUUUUCUCAUUCCCGAAGUCCUCCCUGUUGGAUUUCAACCGCAGGAUACACGCAGGAGAGAGAAAACGGGAAGUCAGGAAGGAAGUGAGACUGGGUGAGUUUGGCACAGACCGCUGCCCAUUAGUAGGUAAACUGGGGUCGAAGGUGCUCACUGAGCCGUCUAUGAUACCAACAAUACGGAUGGAAAGAACUUUAAUGUGGAACCCUCACAGAGUUUUGCAACGGAGGCUCAGAGUAGAGACAGACUGGCAGUUUAUAUUAUAACUUCAGUGGAGGCCACAGAGACAGAAUAACGCAGAGCUGCCACUCGGUGCGUCAUUGUAAGUUAAUUACGAGGAGCAAGACAAGUAGCUGAGCUUGUAGGAACAGGUUUAAGUCCUCCGGAGGAGAGUGUGUGUGUCUCUAAGAGAAAGCGAGAGAGAGAGAAAGGCAAAGAAGAUGUCCAGAGAGGAGCAGAGCUUCUCAGAGGUGGAGCUCAGUCCCGGCAUGUCGGACGACAGUCGCUCCCUGUCCCCGGGUCAUUCCUCCGGUGCGGCAGGUGGAAUCGAGUCGCCCCUCCGAGGGCAGCAGCCGCAGCUGGCGGCUCUGGACGACGCCUCGGCGGGCUGCUCGUCCGUCAAGUCCGACGACGAGGAGGAGCGCUUCCCCGCCGGGAUCCGCGAGGCGGUGAGUCAGGUGCUCAACUGCUACGACUGGACCAUCUUGCCGAUGCCCGUGCGCGUGAGCGCCGGAAGCAAGAGCAAGUCUCACGUGAAAAGGCCAAUGAACGCCUUCAUGGUGUGGGCGCAGGCCGCGCGGAGGAAACUGGCCGACCAGCAUCCCCACCUGCACAACGCGGAGCUCAGCAAGACCCUGGGGAAGCUGUGGAGGCUUCUCAAUGAGAGUGACAAGCGGCCCUUCAUUGAGGAGGCAGAGAGGCUGAGGAAGCAGCACAAGAAGGAUUACCCAGACUACAAAUACCAGCCGCGGCGCCGCAAAAAUGGAAAGGUCGGCUCUGGGUCUGGAAGUGAGGCCGAAGGCCAUUUGGAGGGUGAGGUCAGCCACAGCCAAUCGUACUAUAAGGGCCUCCACCUGGAAGUGGCCCACAGUGAGGGAGCUGAGUCCCCUCUGGCUGAUGGGCACCACCCUCAUGCUGCAGGUCAGAGCCACAGUCCUCCCACGCCUCCCACCACUCCCAAGACUGAACUUCUGUCUGGAAAGACAGGAGAUGGUAAAAGAGAGGGAGCUGGCACCCGAGGCACAAUGGGAGCAGAACGUGUUCUAGGAUCUGGCAAACCUCACAUUGACUUUGGUAAUGUGGACAUCGGAGAGAUAAGCCAUGAGGUGAUGGCCAACAUGGAGCCAUUUGAUGUCAACGAGUUUGACCAGUACCUUCCCCCUAAUGGGCAUCCAGGGGUUGGACAGAUUGGUGCAGCAGGCGGGGCUGCAGCAGCUUCACCUGCCUCUCCGUAUGCCUAUGGCAUCUCGACGACUUUGGCUGCAGCCAGCGGACACUCAGCAGCCUGGCUUUCCAAGCAGCAGCUGCCACAGCAACAUCACGGCUCCCCACUGGGCUCAGAUCCAUCCAAGGCACAAAUCAAGAGCGAGGCAGGAGGUUCUGGGGCUCACUUUGCUGAAGUAGCCUCAGCAGGAGCUCAUGUCACCUACACACCGCUCAGCCUUCCCCAUUAUAGCUCCGCCUUCCCCUCGUUGGCCUCCAGGGCUCAGUUUGCAGAAUACACCGACCACCAGCCCCCUGGGACAUACUAUGGACACUCUGGCCAGGCCUCGGGGUUGUACUCUGCCUUCUCUUACAUGGGGCCCUCCCAGAGGCCUCUCUACACAGCCAUCACUGACCCAACCAGUGCGUCGCAGUCACACAGCCCCACGCACUGGGAGCAGCCCGUCUACACAACAUUGUCGCGGCCAUGACAGAUGGUGAGAGCAGAAAGCACCGGUGCAGGUUCAGGCCCAGUGUCAGACCAAAGCAGGAGAGGAGGCGGCAACAACAGCAGCUCUGUUUGUUACGUCGGAGAUAGAAGUGCUCUGGUCUGGGGGGAGUGGGCAGGCACUGGCGGAGAUGGCUGGGGAGGCAGAAGGGGUAACGCCUUCUGAUCUUGGCCAGAUGAAAAUGCUGUCACAGCAGAAGAUUGCGUAUCGAGUGUGGAGAUUUUGAUUCUCGUUUUAUUUACUGGCAGUGCUCGGUGUAGGAGUCUGGGAGAGUAAUACCUCGGUCAUGCAAAGAAAAACAUCCACCCAACAGAACUGCAGCAGAGGUUUUGACACUAAACAUGAAAAUGGGUGAGAGGGGAUUAUAUUCCCAUUAUUUUUGAAGACUUCAUGUGCAUUACAGCUGGCACAUUGCCUAUUACAAGCCUCUUCCACAGCAGCAAGACCUUAAUUAGGGUUGUGAAGGGGGUGACUAAAAGUACACCAUAUUCUUGUUGUAAGAAAUGCAUCAAAUGCCACACAAACGGAGUGCCAAUUCCUUUGUUGGCUUUCCAUUUCAAUUUAGGACUGACCUUUGAUCACACAUAACAUUUCUUUGAAAAGAAAGGCAACAGACACGUAACAAAGUGUGUUGUAUAUUUACAGAAAACUGACUUUAUACCUACACACUAUUAUCAAGAUGUAGACGAUGUAGGGCACGUGAUGCUAUAAAUGCACCUGUAAUAUAUUCCUGCAUGCUGAUGCAAACUUUUUAUAAGAUGACCAAAGUUUUAUGACCAAAACCUUUGUUUUCUGAAGAAACUGGAACUUUUAUAGAUGUUUCUCCCAACAUGGCAUCCUGAACUACCUGACACUCUGUAGCUUAGUAGACCUUUUAUUAUCUGCUUUUAUUAGUAUAAUUUUACUUUCAAUAUGUAUAUGUCCAAAUCUACUCUUGCCUCUUUGUUUUUACAUUAGCACUGAUUACUAUGACAAUUAUUUCUCAUUGUUUCUCCGCUGAUAUUCAUUAUUGAUUAGCUAUUUUUUGUUGCUGGUGGUGAAAAUGUGCCAUCGAGAACACAUUUCUAGCAAUUUGCUGUAAUAAUAUUUCUGCCAUGACUAACACUGGAAGACUUCACUGCUGUCCUUGCUUUUUGCUGGAGCGUUAUUCAUUGUUUCUGUAAAAGUUCAGUAUUCAGUGUUUGAGAAGCCAAUACUAAGAGCCAACUGCCACUUGUGAAGUGUUUUUAAUGCAGUCUGAUAUUAACUAAAAAUGUGCCUUGUCCUUAAUAAUGCGUACUAACAAUUGGUACAGAAGGCUAACACCUUCUUGACCAUUUCAAGUUUUUGGCAUUGAGUUUUUAAAUUAUAACUCUUUUUCAUUUAAUGCUUUAAAUUUCUCCUUGUUAGAAACGUGUCUUCUUAAUUCUGACAUAUCUGCAUUUUAAGGGUCUGAUUAACCCUAAGCAAAGAUAAAAAUAAUAAAGAAUCAUUAAAUGUAUCACCAUUCUACAUAUUUCUGAACUGUUUAUUUUUAUUCUCUAUCACAGCUGUUUGUUAUUAUUUGAACAUUUACCUUCACACUGAGAGGCUUAAGUCCAUUCUGAGUGUUAAAGUUCUAAUUUAAGUGUAUUUAUAUUAUUUUGCACUGCUAUUUCUCUUUAUUAUGAACCAUAUUACUGAUAUGGUUAGUGUUUCGUGUUCAGCAGCAGAGUAUGGCUAAAGCACAUAAAAACAGGAGCUAAACACCUUAACAUAUGAAAAUAACCUGUGCUCUUUUACUUUCUUUUGGAAUAAAGCUAUUUGUCUGCUUUUCUAUGA